AUGCCGCAACGAGAAAUCGAACCCGUGUGCAUGCGCCUGCCAUAUCAACCGGAGAGUCACCUCUCAAAACCUGAAAACGAAGUGCACGAGAAGAGCUUCGGGACCUGUAGAGAAAUUGUGUUGGACUGCACAUGCAGGUUUACCGCGGUGGUGGGCGAGAUGAACCGCCUGGGCAUGAUGGUGGACCUGUCGCACGCCUCCGUGCUCACCAUGAAGGACGCCCUGCAAAUCGCGCCGCCUGCAGGCCCGCCGCCGCUCCUUCCUGGUCAUUUGCAUGCAUGGCGCGUCCACCGUGAGAGACUUUCCCACCGCGCUCUGCCCGCGGCUGCUGCGCGCCUUCAAGGUCGAAGUGAAAGUUCUCCUGCAGAGUGCGCCGUACAAGGACACGUGCGUCUGCGCUAG